AUGAAAAACAUUAGAGUUAAACUUUUAUUUUGGAAGAAAAUUCAAUCAAAAAAUAAGCUGUCUCACCUAUCAAUUAAUCAGUAAAAUGUUAACUGGUCAAUAUGGGAUGAUUAGAGCUUAUGCUGCUAAUACAAAUUACGAAAUUGUAAGAGAUUAUAAUGAUGAUAGAGCCUCUAUUAUUUCAAAUAUAUAAUAGAGUAGAUUUUCACAGAAUUUUGUAGGAAUUAUCAGGAAAGGAUUUGAGAAUCAUUUUUUAGCUUAUGCAUUGGAUCAAUAUUAAAAAGGAUUACAUUAAAAAAGUAGUGUGCUAUAGUUCGUUUAAUUUUUGGAGAUUUUUAGUAUUUUGUUAAUGUCGAAGAUAGUAGAGCUGUUCUAAGUUCUUAAAAAAAAGAGUAAAAAAUUUAUCAAUUGAUAAUGAACCAGAAGAGAGAGAAUUCAAAAAGGAAGAGGAAAAAUAUAUCAAACUUAAAGAAUUGAUGACCAAAGAAUUUAAGUAACUGAACCAUUUAGAGUGA